AUGGAGAUUUGCUUCGAUUUUAGAGGUGGAUUUGGGGCAUUGGUUUUUAGAGGAGUGGUGGUGGACGGUGGUGGGAUGAGCGUGGACAUUGAGGAUGGAAGACUUGAUCUAGAGGAGAAAGAAGAAUUAAAGGAAUCUUGGGAACAUAAACAGAAGUUCAGAAAUAUGGGUGCAGGUGGUCGGAUGUUGGAUUCAUCUGAAGGCAAAGAUAUCCUCAAACGUGUUCCCGUCGAUCCUCCCUUCACGUUAAGUGAUCUAAAGAAAGCAAUCCCGGCUCAUUGCUUCGAGCGAUCUGUCAUCCGUUCAUCUUACUAUGUUGUUCAUGAUCUCAUUGUUGCCUACGUUUUUUACUUCCUUGCCAACACGUUGACCCUAGGAUUUCCUUUAUACCUCUUGACUAAUAUUUCUGGCAAGAAAUAUGGAAGGUUUGCCAACCACUUUGAUCCAAUGAGUCCUAUUUUCACUGASCGUGAACGAAUUCARGUUCUGRUAUCUGAUCUUGGUCUWCUUGCCGUUUUUUACGCAAUYAAGCUUGCUGUAGCAGCAAAAGGAGCUGCUUGGGUAAUCUGCAUGUAUGGAAUUCCGGUGGUAGGCGUACAUGUUUUCUUCGUUUUGAUCACUUAUCUGCAUCACACCCAUCUCUCUUUGCCUCAUUACGAUUCAACUGAAUGGAACUGGAUCAGAGGAGCCUUAUCGACAAUCGACAGGGACUUUGGAUUCCUAAACAGGGUUUUUCAUGACGUUACACACACUCACGUAUUGCAUCAUUUGAUCUCAUACAUUCCACAUUAUCAUGCUAAGGAGGCAAGGGAUGCAAUCAAGCCUGUUUUGGGCGAAUAUUAUAAGAUCGACAGGACUCCAAUUUUCAAAGCAAUGUGGAGGGAGGCCAAAGAAUGCAUCUACAUUGAACCGGAUCAAGAUAGCGAGCACAAGGGUACAUACUGGUACCAUAAAGUACUGUGAUCAGUGGACAUAAUGCGAUUUUAUGCUUAAAUUGUUCAACUGCGUUUGAUGUAUACUAAUAAACUUUGAAUCAAACUAUAGUUUGUGGGUUCUUUUCGCUAACAGAACUAGUCUGUUGUGGAAAAUUUGCUUAUUGGUUGUGAUCUAUUCGCAAGUAUUUGUUGAAUACAAUAAAUACUGGCACAAAAUUAGCUUCAA